UGGGCUUUUGAGGGUGGGGUGAAAGCAAUGCUUGACUUCAAAGGGAGCUGCAGAGAAAUAAACGUAUUUGUUUAUUUAGUUGGCAAUCUUGCAAUAUGGGGGCUGCUAACUUUCCAUGAAAAAAAAAGCCCUUGGCUAUUGAGGAAAUGGAGGUAUUUUAUGGCUGAAUAACGAGAUUAGGUUCAACACAGCCCCUUUCCGAUUUUGAAACGCGAAUCUCGUGUACAAUCUACAUAUUGUGUUUUUUAAAAAGGUCUGGAAAAAAAACCGAAGUAUGGUGAAGCUGAACAGCAACCCUGGAGAGAAGGGAGCCAAGCCGCCUUCGGUGGAGGAUGGCUUCCAGACUGUUCCUCUCAUCACGCCCUUGGAGGUUAAUCAUUUACAGCUGUCUGCUCCGGAGAAGGUGAUCGUGAAGACAAGAACAGAGUACCAGCCGGAGCAGAGGAGCAAAGGGAAGUUCCGAGUGCCGAAGAUUGCUGAGUUUACGGUCACCAUUCUUGUCAGCCUGGCCCUCGCUUUCCUUGCCUGCAUUGUGUUCCUGGUGGUUUACAAAGCCUUCACCUAUGACCACAGCUGUCCUGAAGGAUUUGUCUAUAAGCACAAGCGCUGUAUCCCGGCCUCGCUGGAUGCUUACUACUCAUCCCAGGACCCCAGCUCCAGGAGCCGCUUCUACACAGUCAUCAGCCACUACAGUGUGGCCAAGCAGAGCACUGCGCGGGCCAUCGGGCCGUGGCUGUCGGCAGCUGCCGUCAUCCACGAGCCCAAGCCGCCCAAGACCCAGGGCCAUUAGAGGCCUGCCCCAGCCGGGGUGGGGGGAGGGUGGAGAGGGGAACCCCCCCAACUGGCUAAGCAAAGCUGGAGCUAUAACACUGUACUGCUGGGGUACGGGGUGGGGGCGGGGCAGGAUGGGGUCUUGGGAGAACUCCCCCGAAAAUAUUGUGCACUGGAGUUGUCUGAAUGGAUCUUUCCUUUUGUCCUUUCGUAUUGUUGCUUCGUCCCCAAGUCAGGCUCAUGUACAAAGGCAUGUUCCGUGUUGACUGUUCCCAUGUAAGAUAUUUUCAGAGCCACCGCUUACUCUUUGUUAGGAUAAUUUAGAGACAGAAAGGGGAGCCAGAGAAAAUGAAUAAAAAGCAUGAAACGGGCUCCACGUGGAAGACGCAGCAGGGCAGUAAAGAGCACAGCCUCUCCGGGCUUCUUAGGUAAGGCACUGCGUGGCUUCAGCGUGGGCGGCCAAGUAUCUGUGUGGCAAAGGGUAGGCUGUUCAGUUUGCCUGUGGUCUGCAGGAGAGGAAUGUGGCAAGGCAGGGAAGGCUGAAUUGGAGAGAAAGGUGGUGUUGGCAUUUCUAAACCAGGAAUGUAUAGAGUACCACUCAGUGGUGAGUUUGCAAGAUGAGCACAAACCCACGGGGCAGGCAUCCUUGCUCAGCCCGGGACAGCCCAUGGGCCCUAGGCUCUGAACAUUCGCAGGGAGGCUGUUGUGCAUCAGCAAACACAGACGUGGGUAGAUGUUGUCUUUCUUUUAUUUUUCUAGGUGUAUCCCUAGAUGCUGCCUGUGCUUUCAAGAAGGCAGGGGUGGAAAGGGAAAGAAAGGAAUAGAGGUGGCAAGGAGACAGGUCAGGUGGGUCGUCCUAGGCCCAGCUAGAAGCAUAGGCACCCGGGUUUUGUAUGUUUGCUCUUUUCCAAAGUGCUAAUGGCAGCAGCAGCAACAAUUGGAUCCUCGCCAAGAAAUCCGAGAGACAGGCAGAAGGAAACUUGAAGAUUGGGCCUGCAAUGGUAGCAGGUCAUUUCUAAAGGAAGCUGGAGAAGGUGACUGUCUUUGGUUCACUUUGUAGUGUUGACAGAGGAUAAGCAUCCAAACUCCCCAGCUGGGUUCCAGAAGCACCUAACUGGGGGUUGGGGGCAGGGGAAGUAGCUAGCAUCCUUAGGCUUCCCAUUCCAGGGCACAGGGCAUGUAGCAGGGGCCUCUUGCUUCUCGGGAGCACUCCAGGAAGGCCCUUUUCUGUGCAGGUGCUGGCUCUAGGCCCAAGAGGACUAGAACUGGCCAGGAAAAUUGCUCAUUUGACAUGUGCUACUGUUUCCCCGGGCCUCUCCAACAGGCCAUCGAAGGGUGUUUUCUGUGGCUUGCUAUAUUGCCGAAAUCAUUUUACACAGCUGCUGGGUAAUAGGAGUAGAGUAGCUCAAGCUAUCCUGCCAAACACACUCAUCUGAUUUUUCCUCCCUCCUCCCCCCAUCCUCCCAUCACCUUGAGUCACCUGUAAAUUCAUUUGUCAUCUGAAGCGGAUCAACAAAUUGUCCCUAGCAAAACCACAGAGCGCUUUAUAAUUUUGUGGUGUAUUUUUGUCAGUAGGUAGCAGAGGCUGAAGUAUUUUUUGGUGUAAUUCUUGAAAUUUUCUGACAGGAAAAGAAAUAAACAUAGAUGUGUCUGAGA